GUGUAGCAUUAGCUGGCAUAAGGUUGUAUGAAAAGCUCAUCUCAAAGUCACACCAACGGCCCAAAAACAAAAAGACCAGAAAACAAAAUAAAGAAACAAAAAUUUAAAGCAAAUAUUUUUUUUUCUUUUUUCUCAUUCUUCUUCUUCUGCCAUUAUCUCUCUCUCUCUCUCUCUCAUCGAUUUCAAUUUGCUACUUUCGAAUUUUUUGCUCGUGUUGUGUGGGAUUGGAGAGUUCGGAUUUAGGGUUUCUUCUUUGAGUGAGUAAAGGUUGUGUCUUUUGUGGUUCUUGGGAAUGGCUGGGAUUUGAAGAAACCAAAAAUAGUGAUUUUUUUCUGUUGUUGUUAAAAAGUCUGUGAAUUUGCGUGGUGAGAUGAGUGCUUCGAGAUUUAUAAAGUGUGUCACCGUCGGUGAUGGUGCCGUCGGGAAAACAUGUAUGCUGAUCUCUUACACAAGCAACACUUUCCCUACGGACUAUGUUCCAACUGUUUUCGACAACUUCAGUGCUAAUGUGGUUGUAGAUGGGAACACAGUGAAUCUUGGAUUGUGGGAUACAGCCGGUCAAGAAGACUAUAACAGGUUAAGACCAUUGAGUUACCGUGGUGCAGAUGUCUUCAUUCUUGCAUUCUCGCUUAUUAGCAAGGCUAGUUAUGAGAACGUAGCCAAGAAGUGGAUUCCUGAGCUCAGGCAUUAUGCCCCUGGUGUUCCUAUUAUCCUUGUUGGAACAAAACUCGAUCUUCGAGAUGACAAGCAGUUCUUCAUAGACCAUCCUGGUGCAGUGCCAAUUACUACAAACCAGGGAGAAGAACUAAAAAAACUGAUAGGAUCGCCAAUCUACAUUGAAUGUAGUUCAAAGACGCAGCAGAAUGUGAAAGCAGUCUUUGACGCAGCGAUAAAAGUGGUGCUUCAGCCACCGAAACAGAAGAAGAAGAAAAAGAACAAGAACCGUUGCGUGUUCUUGUGAUCAUCUUUUUAAAUAUAAAAAGAUUUAGGUAACAAAUGAAGUUGAAGAAAGAAAAAAAAAGCACCAGCAUAAAAAAUGCAGCAACAUUGUAUAGUUGUUGAAUCCGACUUGUUUCGAUCUUUACACACUUUUUCUUUUUGCUGGUGAAUCUAAUGUGUGAAGUGAGGGCCAAGGAGAUGAGUUCUUGGUGUGUUGUUGUUGUACUAUUGCUAUGUAGACUAAUCUCUUAAUACUUUCUUUUCUUGUCUUUGUUUUUUUGCUGUUGGGAUCCAUUUUGUAUCUUCUUUAACAGAUGAAUUUUAUUAAUUUUAUAGUGACUUCUUUUAUGCU